CCCCCUUCCGUCCUUCUGUCUGCCGGUUGCUGGCGCGCGAACGCUCCGGUGGGCGGUUGAAUUUCAAACACGGCUGCCCGCGCUCGCGGUAACCGCAGGCUCCGGUUGGUCACGGGAGAUCCAGUCUGUUUCCCUGGCAACCGCCCUCCCGCCGUCCGGCGCCGAUCGCCGCCCAUGCUUUGUCCCGAGGAACCGGCUCGGCUGAUGGUCGGGUCCCCGACCGCUGCGGGCCGCUACUUUUGCACGGUCAGCCGGGGACUGGAGCGCUUUCUGGCCGAGGAAGUGCGCGCCAAGCUGGGCACCAACGAGGUGGAGCAGAUAUCAGGCAAAGUGUUCUUUACAGUUGAGACAGAUUUAAAACAGCUGAAGAGUCUGAAAUGUGCAGAGCGACUAUUUUUACUGGUGAAAAAGCUGCCCCCAAUCCAGGUGCCAAGACACAAAGGUAAGGGAAUUAAUACAAUUCAGAAGUAUGUGAUUGGAGAACCGAAUAAAUGGCUGGAUGUUGUUUCCAAAUGGAAGUCUCUUUGGAAUAUUGGUAAAGAACAUGAAUGUACUUUCGAAGUUACAGAAACUGGGAGAGAACAGUCAACACAACAGAAUGACAGCCAAAGAAGAAAAAAACCAAAAUUGGAACUGGAUAUACCUUAUACCAUUGCUGUUGAUGUAAGUCUAACAGGACACCAUGAUCUUCAUUCAGUAAAUCAAAAAAGCACGCCAAAUAAUGUGGUGGUACAGACAUCAUCUUCACCUGCAAAGCUGCAUAAUCCCAAGAGUGAAAGUGCUGUAUCCUACAUGCCUUUUAGAGUAUCAUGUCGCUGUAGUGGGAAGAUUGCUAAAAAAUUUACAUCUCAGGAGCUAGGAAAAGCAAUUGGGAUUGCACUCAGCAGAGAAUUUGGUUGGAAAGCUGAACUGAGGAACCCCAUGCUGGAGAUCUACAUUCAUUUCAAUGACAAUCAUUGUGUGGUUGGAAUUCCUAUUCUAAGACUUCCUUUAGCCAGCAGGGAUUAUAUUAAAAGUACAGGACUGAGAUCUACAGUGGCAUGGGCCAUGGCUUCUCUUAGUGAUAUUCAGGUUGGCUCACUUGUGCUUGACCCAAUGUGUGGGUUAGGGACCAUUUUGCUGGAAGCUGCCAAAGAGUGGCCUAAUGCAUAUUAUCAUGGAAUAGACAAUACAGCCAUACAACUGCAGAUGGCAUCUGUUAAUGUGUGUUUUGCAAAACUAGAGAGCAACAUUGACCUAACAAGAGCUUCUGUCACAGAAUUACCUUUACUUACAGAAAGUAUUGAUGUGAUCAUCUGUGAUAUUCCAUUUGGGCAAAAAUUUAAAAUUACUCAGGACACAAAAGCAAUGAUGCCCUGUAUCCUCAAGGAGAUGGUGAGGGUACUACGUGGAGAUGGGACCCUUGUGCUACUACUUAGCCAAGAACUCUCACUGGAUAUACAGCAAUGGCAGAAACCAAAGAGUCACCAGACUAAUAAAGGAAAAUAUGCUGUCCAGGAGGAUGGAAAUCCUUUGCCAACAAAGCAAAGUCCAGAACCAAUUGAAAAUGUGAAGGACUUAGCAGUAGCUGAAAAUGAGCACUCUGAAGUUAAACUGGAGGUUUUAGCCUCUCUGAUACCAAAGGGUAUCUUCCCGGUCAGUCUUGGUGUUACAGAAGCCGCUAUACACAAGUACAAGAAAAUCUCUAUAACAUGAGUGAAAACAAUGGCAUAGACAGAAUAUAUUCAAUUUGUUAUGCACAAUGCAAGAAUCCAGAGUGAGCAGAGGUUUUCAAAAAGAUAAAAUUAGUAAUUUCUUGGAACCAUCACAGCAAAUUUUAGCCAGAUGUCCAUAUGAACAAUAAAUAUGCAGGUGAUGGCUGUGAACUCUGUUAAAAUAGUGUUCAGCAUCAAUCAGAAUUAAGAAGUCAAAUCUGAAGUUGGUAGGGAAUAUGACCUCAUGUAAUGUCCUAACUUUCACCUGUUAAGAUUGCUUAUGGUACAAGGUGAAAUGGAAGGUAACAUGGCAUGCUGCUAUGAUUUUAACCUCAAUUGGAUCUGCCAAUUUUAUCUGGUGACAAUGAUUUAAAACCUACCAUUGAAAGUACAGCCAUUUACAGGCAUGUUCAGUCAACAGUCCCAAUAUUGUACUCUAUUAACAACAGAGUUGCAGUUACAAAGUGGGGUAUAGGGUGAGAAAAUGCUAUUUAGACAGAUUGAAUCUAAAUAAUUUUUGUAUUUUUUAGUUUUCUCUGAUGCUGUUCCAAUAUCUUAACGCAGAAGCUGAAAUUUUAGAGCUCUGUGAGUAAAUGUUCCUUGAACUGCUGGCAGUCUAAGGGAUUACAUAUUUGUUAGUAUAUUGAUGUAGAUAGUCACAACCAGCAAGAAGACAGAAUGUAAGAACUGCAUUGAACACUGCAGAUUUCUUUGUGAAUGAAGAGAAAACCUAUUGAAUCAACUUAUAUUCCCUGAAAUAAAUGAUUCCCUCUGUUUAUGAACAGCAGGACAUGUUAUCACAAUUAUAUGGUAUGCUUUCAUUAUGUCAGACAUUUGUACAAUUUUAAUGCACUUUAUUUUUAGCACUUAGUAUUUUAAGAAUAAAGGAGUGAAGAUUUUAUAGCAUGUUUAUUUGUUCUUUUCAUUACAAAGGCCACUAGGUUUUGUCUGGCACAACAGCAUCCAAACAGGUUCCUGUUGAUGAUUUGAAAAUUAGGGUUUCACAUUGAGGGAAAAAUAUAGUAAUGGUGUCCUGUAAUAUCUUUGCAUUGAAAGCAGCAUAUUCUGCAGCCUUGACAUUAGGGAGACAGUCAGAUUAAUGUACAACACACAGAAGAUGCUGGAGGAACUCAGCAAAUAAGGCAGCAUCUAUGAGGGGAACGAACAGUCGACAUUUUGGGCCGAGACCCUUCACCAGUAUCUGCAGGUUCUCUUGUGUUUAGUGAAAUUAAUGUCUUCUGGUACUGAGCAUGCUCUACAUUGAAUCAGUGUCUUUGGAAGCAGUUCUGCUCGUGCAUUGCAUGCUUCGUGGAAAUAAGUCAAAAUGCUUCAGUGUUUUUGUUACAGGCUUACUGUGAAAUUACAUUUCAUGCUUGGUAUAUGAUCAUUUAUAUUGUUAUCUGUAUAUUGUGUUCAAUUGUUUAAAUCAUUUUAUAUUCCUACCCGAUCAAUUUGAUCAUAUGUAUUAAGGAAUUGUAGGAUACCUCGUACUCCUGGGCUUGAGCACAGAAUACACAUUGUAAGAGAAAUGGCAACCCAGACUUUGAAUACAAUUCUCUGCA